UGUGCGCAGCGGCCGCCGGGACUCCACCUGGCGGACUCCAGCCUGCUUUGCGUAAACCGUGCGUCACACAAAAAACCACCAGUCUGCUCACAGGCUGGGGCACUGGUAGCACCGGCCGGCAGUUGAGAUGUCCUCUCCAAGUUCCAUCUCCAAUCCUCUGGGCGCCCUGAAGCCCAAAAGGAAGACCAAGAAGAAGCACUUCGUGCAGCAGAAAGUGGAGGUUUUCCGUGCCAGUGACCCCGUGCUGAGCGUGCUGAUGUGGGGAGUGAACCAUUCGAUUAAUGACCUGUGCCAGGUCCCUGUACCUGUCAUGCUGCUCCCAGACGACUUCAAAGCCAGCACCAAGAUCAAAGUCAUCAACCACCUCUUCAACAAAGAGAAUCUGCCUGGACAGUUCAAAUUCAAAGAGUACUGUCCACAGGUGUUCAGAAACCUGCGAGAGCGCUUUGGCAUCGAGGAUCAAGAUUACCAGGUUUCUUUGGCCCGCAGUUCUCCAAUCAAAGACGAGGAGGGGAAAUGUGCGGGAUCUCUGCUGUCAUCAUAUGACCACACUUUGGUGAUAAAAGAAAUUACCAGUGAAGAGGUAGAAGAAAUGCACAACAUCCUGUCUGAGUACCACCAGCACAUCGUCACCUGCCAUGGCAGCACGCUGCUGCCUCAGUUUUUGGCCAUGUACAGGGUGACCGUGGAGAGUGAAGACACCUACCUGUUGGUAAUGAGGAACAUGUUCAGCCACAGACUGCACAUACACAGGAAGUACGGCCUCAAGGGCUCCCUACUGUCUCGUGAGUCAAGUUUUAAAGAGAAGGUGAAAGAGCUGCCUACAAGCAAGGAUGCCGACUUCAUGAACAACAUGCAAAAGGUUUAUCUGAGUGAAGAGGAGAAGGAGAAGAUGAUGGACAAGCUCAACCGGGACGUUGAGUUUUUAGUAGAUAUGAGGAUCAUGGACUACAGCCUCCUGCUGGGUAUUCAUGAUGUGGAACGAGCUGAGAGGGAGGAAGAGGAGGAGGAGAUGGAGUCUUCCUAUGAGGAGGAAGAGGAGGAGGAAAAUGGCCUGGCCGCUCCUCUGUGUUCUACCUCUCCUGAGGGUAUUGCAGGCUACAUGAACUCCUUCAAACCCAUGGGACCGGGGGAAUUCGACCCGUAUGUGGAUAUGUACGCUAUUCAGAGUGCCGUGGGUGCACCCCGGAGGGAGGUGUAUUUCAUGGGUCUGAUUGACGUGCUGACGCAGUACGACACCAAGAAGAAAGCGGCUCACGCUGCCAGGGCUGUCAAACACGGGGCUGGAGCUGAUAUCUCUACAGUUCAUCCCGAGCAGUACGCUAAACGUUUCAGAGAGUUCAUCACAAAGAUUUUUGCCUAGUUCAACGAUCAGUAAAUGAUACACUAUGAGCUUUACAGUGCAAUAAUUACUCUGCCAGUUAGAAGUCUGGACACAUGCAGUCAUUUUUGGAUAGGAUUUAUGUUUGCUUAAAUUCUUUUCACUUAAUGGCAUCAGCUAGAUAUGAAUGAAAAUC